AUGAGCCGUCGCGAGGCCAUCUUGGCGCGCGCCGCGGCGCUCGCAGAAUCUUCCUCCGACGACGCCGACGCGUCGACGCGCGACGUCGACGGCGUUCAACCGCUCGGUCGACGACGGACGUUCGUCCCGCUCGAAGAACUCACGCGCGAGCGCAAAGACGCGCCGUUUCGUCCGCCGGGAGAUCGCCGGGCGGCGGCGCGGGCGGCGGACGACGGCGCGCGCGGGACGGCGGCGCCGGCGCGGGCGCCGUCGACGGCGCCGUCGACGCCGAACGCGGUCGACGCCGAGGCGUGGGCGAAGGAGGAUGCGAAAUUAUUGAUGCAUUUACCGGAGAGCGAACGGCCGAUGGUGACGCAGGCGUUUUCGAUGCGAGCGCCGGCGAAGGUGCCGCGAGCGGUGCGACAGCGAUUUCUGAACGCGCUCGCGGCGAGAAAGCUUCGCAGUCGGGCGAACGUCGGAGUCAGGGAGCGCGUGAGCGAAGCGUGGAUAUCUGCACAUCCAGAUGAGCGUAAAUCGGCGGUCGAGGAGGCGGUGAAGGAAGAGAUGAAAUUGCACGCAAAGGCGACGAGCAAGGCGACGUAUAGGAAUUUGAGCGCGCAACUGAUGUUGCGCGGUGGUGAAUCGGCGAAAGCGGAGCCUGGAGCGCUGAAGCAAGACUACGAGUGCUCGGCGGCGAACGAUAUCGAUCUCACGCGAUGUUCAACCGUGAGAGGAGAUGAAGCGGUCGAAUUUUUCAUCGCUGCUUGCAAGCAUCGCGACGGCUCGGCGCAUCGUGCUGCCAACGUGGACGAAGUCAAAGUCGAGGUUGGCGGAGAAGAGGACGUCGACGCGGAAGAGAGCGAAGCGCUCGACGAAGCGUGCGACGCCGCGACGCGUAUCGAUGAGCCAAUUAACGAAGUCGCCGGUAAGAAGAUAACUCACUCAGCAGUAGAAGUCGCGGUGAGGAAGCUGUGUUGCGAUUACGUGCAACUUCUCGUCGACACGGGCGCGUGCGAGGCAGCUUUGGCGAGCAUCGUGGAGCAAAAAGUCGUCAAAAAAGUGAUGACGCGACACCAAAACGACCGCGAUGACUCGUUUCUGAUCAAAGAGAGCGCGAGCAUUCGGAAGCUCGUCGCGAGCCAGCUCAAGCACGAAAACGCGAGACGGGCAACAACGUAG